AUAAUGGUAUUUUGACGUCUUGUAAGUUUGGUCACAUUCUUUCCCGCUUUCGCUUCAAAACUGCAAUUGCAAGGAUAAAUUGCAAUUUCUUAUGAAAUUAUGCAUCGAAUUCCUCUGCAUCUUAUGGAUGAUCCUCAUCCCGGGGCUCCAGAAUGCGCCACAAUGUCAAUGGUCUUGACUCCGCGCAAUUUAAUAGAAUGUGAGCUCUUUGUAAAGGUGUUGAAGAUGGAAACGGAUGCGGUAUUUAUGCAUUUCGCGGAGAUAGCACCCCGGUGCUUUGCCGUGGCCAAGGAGCACAUGAAAAAUAAGGAUCCUACCGUCUUGAAGCUGGUGUUUCAGCUUAUGAACGAAAUUAUUUGCCGGGCCCCUAGCGGCACUCACACAUUUGUAGAUGCGAUCUUGGCCCGAAGCAUUCAUUACAUGAAAAGCAAUCGCUAUUUGGUAGCCGCUCAUGACCUGCGGUUUUACGACAGUUUGGACCCAAAACUUAAAAAUCCAGAGGGCAUUAUAAUUUCCCGGAUUCUGUCAUGUGUUUCCCUUUUUCUGGCAGGCGACUACCAUGGAGCAAAGGCUAAUCUUGCGAAUGUGAAAAAGCUAAUUGAAAACUCACCUCCACAGACUGCCGAUGUUGCAUCAUAUAUUUCGUUGUUGGUCCAGUAUGAAGAGAAAAUCCGCAGCGCUUUCAGUGAAGAGAUAAAAAUCAAUCAUAAAAUCAGGCCCAUAUUACCUUUUAAGGGCUGCAAGCUUAUACGAAAAAUUCCAUUUGCCAGCGGUGCCUGUGUUUAUCUGAGCAAGAACGCGGGAGUGUUUGCAACUUCGGACAUUGAUAAAGGAGAAAUUGUCUUGGCGGAGAAUCCCACCUACUAUCAGUUCGGAGCGCCAUUUAACAACUGUGAUCUGUGCGGAGUUCCUCAGGAACUGAUCUACACCUGUGCUGGUUGCCGCUAUAAAACUUACUGUUCCGAAUCGUGCAUGAAAGACGACGAGGAGAUUCAUCAGUUUGAAUGUUCUGGCUUUAAAGUAGGAAUAAUACCAAUGAUGGAGUCAACAACUCUGUUUCGACUGUUUCUGAAGUCGGCGGAGUAUAUACUACCGGCUCUAGAAGACUUUGUUCUUGAUGGCGGAGUAAUAAAGAGUGCCAAAGAUGCGUGGAACUUUAUACUGGAACAUGCUAAAGAGGAGGAGAAAGAAUAUAACUUGUACGGAGACCUUCUGUCCAACACGCCCGACUAUAAGCGUUUGACCAAAGAAAACUACCUCACCAUCAUAACGAAAUCAUUUCGUCUGGCUGUUUACAUUUACAACGAUACUAAGCUCAUAGAUAAAUAUUUUAAUAUGCUUGCCCUCAAAAAACAAGAUAUGAUUACUGUAAUAGGUUCAAUUCUUCUGCGCUUGGCAGCUCACGUCGUCUUCAAUUCGCAUCAUGAGAAACUAGCACCUUUUCGCGACCCCAUCAAUGAAGAUGAACGAAGCGUACCUGUUGAUGAUCUGAAAACAAAAACCAUGCGUAUGGAAGAAAAUGCAUUUAGUUAUUACGGGAUUGAUGCAGUGGCCGAUUUUGUAAACUGUUACAAUAGCGUACAAAAAUCUUUUCGUGAUUCCGGGAAUAGUAGUGACCCGUGCAUGCCACACGAAACUCCCAUCGGCCAGUUUACUAAUAAGCUGCUUUCACUUUGCCUAAACAGAAUUGAAGUAACCUGUGCCGAAGACAUUAUCAAUGCUAACUCCUACAAUUCGCAGCAAUUGUCUGAGAAAAUGAAGAACAUGAACACCUCAAAGCGGUGUCAUUUAUUGGAAAACUAUACCAAACACUUCCAACAGUUUGUUAUUCAGUACUUUACCAGAGGAAAACUGAGUAACCGUCAUCGACAAGUCAAGUCGUCAUUUUGUACGACGUUGAAGUCCUUUCGGCACUAUUGCGGAGCAGAAAACGUAAAAGUAAUUUGCAUGUCAAGCGGUAACUUUAUAGGAGUUACAACAAAAAAAAUCAAAUCUGGCUCCGAAUUGGUAGUGUGCUCCGAUUAUAUAAGGAAUAGUGCGCACUCGACGUCCUGUGUGGAACAAGGUCUGGGCUACAAUUUCCCGCUGUAUGUUCAUCAUGAGAAUCACACUUUUGGAAUAACCUGUAGCAUUGAGGAAAGAUGCAUUGAAACCAUAAACCUUUCGUCAGAUGUGAUAAGACAAAAUAAGGCCUUUAUGUUUAAUAUCAGGAGGAAAAUUUCCGACUGGAAAAUGUCCCCACAAGAUGUGACUGUUCAACAUGAUUUGUCUGUUUUGUAUGGAGCCUACAAUAGUUUUCUUACCUUACAUUUCCCGGAUGGCCAUCCAAUGCGUUUACUUGGAGUGCUUAAAUUUUCCAUGUUUCUCGCCACGAAUGGAUUUCUAGAACAUUCCAGCUAUAUUAUAAUGCACAUAAUUGAGGUAAUGGAGUCGGAUGAUACCUAUUUUGAAGAUAUUGAACUUUACCGCCAAACUUUCUGUAUAAUUCAGUCAAUAAUGGAACAAUAUAUUGAUAUUAUGAUUGAUUGUCCGGAUAUAGAUCCCGGGUAUCCCGUAAUGUUACUAGGGAGCUGUUGGUGUUUCCUAAGAAGACUAAUGCAUCAAGUGGAGAAGCUAAAAGAUGAAGAGGGAUCGGGCCUUUACGCAGAAUAUUGUACUUAUCAUCACAAGUGGAAGUUGAUCCUUAAUUCUUAUAUCCAGAUGCCAUCAGACUUGAAAGAAUUCAUGGUGAAGUUAAAAACUUAGGUUGUCCUGUGGCUUAAAUACUUAGUACGUUGCCUAUUUAGCUUUUUAAAUACCAAAACUCUUGACAUAUAUUUUAUUUAUUUAUUUUUUUUUGUUUUUUCCUGAUACAUAGAAGUAUCAUGUUAAGUUUCAAUAUUACACAUUCCAAUUUAAGUUAAGUUACUACAUAGAAGAUAUGUAUUUAAUUUUGAUUCCUACAACCGAAAUACUCUGUUCCAUUAGCCCAGAAAGGCAGUGAUAUUUACAAACAAACAAAAAAGAAAAAAAAAAGGUUAAUACGUGAUAAAGAAAUAAAUGACUCAGAUUUGUUUAUAUUAA